AUGAAUAAGUCCCUGCUGGUUACCAGCACCUCUGGAGAUGACGGCAAGAGAAAUCAAUAUGGAGAAGAGAAUGUGGAGAACAGAAAUAAAAGGGACAUAAAGGACCCUGGAAAACACAAGGCCAUCAACAGGAGCAGUACAGAUAACUGGACACUCCCUGGAAAACACAAGGCCAUCAACAGGAGCAGUACAGAUAACUGGACACUCCCUGGAAAACACAAGGCCAUCAACAGGAGCAGUACAGAUAACUGGACACUCCCUGGAAAACACAAGACCAUCAACAGGAGCAGUACAGAUAACUGGACACUCACUGGAAAACACAAGGCCAUCAGCAGGAGCAGUACAGAUAACUGGACACUCCCUGGAAAACACAAGGCCAUCAACAGGAGCAGUACAGAUAACUGGACACUCCCUGGAAAACACAAGGCCAUCAACAGGAGCAGUACAGAUAACUGGACACUCCCUGGAAAACACAAGGCCAUCAACAGGAGCAGUACAGAUAACUGGACACUCCCUGGAAAACACAAGGCCAUCAACAGGAGCAGUACAGAUAACUGGACACUCCCUGGAAAACACAAGGCCAUCAACAGGAGCAGUACAGAUAACUGGACACUCCCUGGAAAACACAAGGCCAUCAACAGGAGCAGUACAGAUAACUGGACACUCACUGGAAAACACAAGGCCAUCAGCAGGAGCAGUACAGAUAACUGGACACUCCCUGGAAAACACAAGGCCAUCAACAGGAGCAGUACAGAUAACUGGACACUCCCUGGAAAACACAAGGCCAUCAACAGGAGCAGUACAGAUAACUGGACACUCCCUGGAAAACACAAGGCCAUCAACAGGAGCAGUACAGAUAACUGGACACUCCCUGGAAAACACAAGGCCAUCAACAGGAGCAGUACAGAUAACUGGACACUCCCUGGAAAACACAAGGCCAUCAACAGGAGCAGUACAGAUAACUGGACACUCUCUGGAAAACACAAGGCCAUCAACAGGAGCAGUACAGAUAACUGGACACUCCCUGGAAAACACAAGGCCAUCAACAGGAGCAGUACAGAUAACUGGACACUCUCUGGAAAACACAAGGCCAUCAACAGGAGCAGUACAGAUAACUGGACACUCCCUGGAAAAACACAGAACCAGCAGACAGAUCGACGUGUAAGAGUGAAAGAUCGAAGGUCGCUUGUUUGGACCAACCGGAUCACAUGAGACCUUGUGGAGUGCUCCCAUUGGUUCACCUAAGAAAAAAAGAG